AUGAGCGUGCACAGCGACCAUUUCACAGACUGUGAUGAAGACUCAUUCGAGGAGGUGCUGGAUCCGACACUGGAAUCUUUGGUGAACUCCACAACACUGCAGUGGAUCUUUGUGGGGGGUAAAGGUGGCGUGGGCAAGACGACCACCAGUUGCUCUCUGGCAAUUGAAUUGUCAAAUCGACGUGAAAGCGUAUUGAUUCUCAGUACCGAUCCUGCACACAAUCUGAGUGACGCCUUCGGCCAAAAGUUUUCCAGCAGCCCUACAAGAGUAAACGGGUUUAGCAACCUGUUUGCGAUGGAGAUUGACAGUAGUAUGAAAACGAGUACUGGGUUUCAAUUGAGUGAUGACGAUGACGAACUCGGCCUAGGUAGAAUGAUACCGGAAAUGAUACAGGCCUUUCCUGGAAUAGACGAAGCGAUGUCAUUUGGUGAGUUAAUGAAGGCGGUUCAGACAAUGAACUACUCAUGCAUAGUAUUUGAUACGGCACCCACGGGUCAUACGCUACGCCUCCUAUCAUUCCCUAAUUUGCUGGAGAAGGCUUUUGGUAAGUUCAACGAGCUGGGUAGCAAGCUUGGUGGCAUGAUGGACAUGAUAUCUGGCGGUGGUGGAGAUGAUAGCGGCAUAAUGUCGAAAAUUGAACAUAUGAGAGCGGUAACACUAUCUGUUAAGAAGCUGUUCAAGGACCCAACCAGAACAACCUUUGUGUGCGUUUGUAUACCCGAGUUUCUGUCACUAUAUGAAACCGAAAGAUUGGUUCAAGAACUUGCCAAGCAGGAAAUUGAUGCCAGGUAUAUAGUUGUCAACCAAAUUGUGUUCCCAAUUGAAGGAUAUGAAGAUCCACUUACUUCAGAGCAACUACAGAAACAAAUAGAGAUGCACAUGGGGACUACCGAUGACAGCGUCAAGGUCAUCCAAGAGUACAAGAAAGUCGAAAACAAAGCUAAUCAGUUACAGCAAGCCCACGAAGCACGGAGGAAAAUGCAGAGCAAGUACCUCUCACAAAUAAGAGAUCUGUACGCGUAUGAUUUUCAUGUUGUGCCAAUGCCGUUGAGAACCAACGAAGUACGAGGACUAAAAAACUUGAAAACAUUUGGAGAGUCGCUGUUAACUAAAAGAGACCUGCCUAUUUUUGAAUAG